AUGGAAUCAGAAUCCCCUUCUCUGGCGCCGGAUUUGACCACUCGCCAAGACUUCAACGGCAUCACCAAUGCCCGCGUGCACAGAUCAGGCUCUGGACUGGGUGCCGCUUCGUUGACCAGCUGGGACGACACCCAAACUAUGCCUGAACGACGGAACACUCCAAUUGGGAAAGAGUCAAGGUCUCUUGGGGUGUCACUGACACCGUCAGGACGCCCCCACUACUUUCAAAGCGACAAUAUUGCUAGUCAAAUCCAUCGUAUCUGCCAUCUUGAUCGAUCGUCACUUGAAAAGAUCAAGAGCUGGGCCUGGUGGCUGCUAUCGGUUCUCUUCACCUCUGCGCUCAUCUCCCAUGAGAGCCUGGGAAGAUACUUCAGCUCUACCAUCUCGGUCUCUGAUACAGCAGCAGUCAAAACCCAAGCAAAACUCAUCAAACGAUCCACAUGCGCCCCGGGAGGCGUCAAGAACGGUGAAUACAACACCUCUCUGCAUAUCAGCGCGCUUUUUAUUGUCUUGAGCGUUUCUACCUUGGCCUGUGCGUUCCCCGUACUGGCAACAUGGUUCCCUCGUCUACGCAUCCCUCCAUCCGCUCUCUUUACGGUCAGUCAUUUCGGAACGGGCGUCCUCAUUGCCACCGCAUUUGUUCAUCUGCUCCCGACUGCAUUUACUUCUCUCAAUAAUCCCUGCUUGUCGGAUUUUUGGACCACCGACUACCCCGCCAUGCCCGGAGCCAUUGCCCUCGCCGGCAUUUUUCUAGUGACUGUGGUCGAAAUGGUCUUUAGUCCCGCACGACAUGUCUGCCGCGGUGGGCUCAAAGUCUCUGAGCAGAAGACAUCUCGGUCCGAAAGGGGUGUCUGCAACUCCCGUGUCCCUGGCGCCAGAGACUCAGAAUACUUAGGUGAGGUCAAAAGACCUGUCUGCACCAGGGUCGAAAGUCAAUCGCACUUGCGUGACCUCGGCCCAUUGAUUGGCAGGCAAACUAGCGUGAGUCGGACUAUCAACCGCAUGGGUGAGGAAUCCGAUCGCAUCAUACGGAUCGCUUCUGCUCCUGAUGGCAUGCAAACAUUUCAAGAAAGCAAAGUACGGCCGAUCGAGGACGUGGAACGAAGCGACGAUCUCGAGCUCACACCACAGCAAAAACACAAAAAAGCCGUCGUGCAGGUUUUCCUGUUGGAAAUGGGGAUUCUUUUUCACAGUGUAUUCAUCGGCAUGUCACUCAGUGUGUCGGUAGGCAGCGAGUUUGUGAUCCUGUUGAUUGCCAUCGUAUUCCAUCAAACAUUCGAGGGUCUCGCAUUGGGCUCUCGCAUCGCUGCCCUCGACUGGCCGGAGAAAGCCAUCCAGCCAUGGCUUAUGUCCUUGGCAUACGGAUGCACAACACCAAUCGGCCAGGCAAUAGGCCUCGCAACACACACCCUCUACAGCCCAGAUUCGGAAGUAGGACUGCUCCUGGUGGGCACUAUGAACGCAAUUUCAUCUGGUCUUCUUAUCUUCGCCUCGCUAGUCGAAUUGAUGUCGGAAGAUUUCCUCAGUGACGAAAGCUGGCGUGUCCUCAGGGGCCGCAAACGUGUUUUUGCAUGUCUACUAGUGUUCAUGGGUGCUUUCUGCAUGAGCCUCGUUGGAGCAUGGGCAUAG